AUGGACAGAGCACCCGAAGACAAUGAAGAAGCUCGUGCAAUUUCCCUCGUUGACAAGGCGGCCACUCCCGGAUGGGGAUUGGAGAAGAGGUUUCCAACUCCGCAGCCUGAGUCUAAGAAGGAGAACAAGAUGAACGAGAAGGGAGAAAGGCAGAGAAGAGAAGAUGAGUCCCGCGCGUCAAGUAAUGAGAGAGCCAAUCUGAGCAACAUUCGAGCUGAAGCAGAUAAGGCUUUGCGGCCCAUUCUAGAAGAGCUUGUCCUCACCGCGCGGCUGCUGGGGGUUGAUUGCAAGAAGAUACAACCUGUGGAUAUCUUUUCCUUCCAAGAGGAAGAAGGGAUUCUUGUUGUUUAUUCCCGACCUAUUCUUGGGUGCGAGAUCUGCGAUUACACCAUCGACGUAUACUGCUACACUACCGCCAACCUCGCUCUACUGCCUCCGGACAUUAUGCUGUGA